AUGCUGGUCGCGUUGAAUUUGAAACAGAAAUUUCUGACACUAUGCGGCAUCACAGCUGCCGCCGUAGCCGCGUCAUUAGUGAUCGGACAAAGAUUGAUACCGCAGUCGAUACUGACCGGUAUCGUUUUUUACCUCAUUUCCGGCGAUAGACCGUCGGCCGUGUACGCCACCAUCGUGUCGCUGCCGCGAGACCUACGGACAGCAGUUAUCUUUCUGAAGCUGAAUGUAAGCCUUUACCGAUACGAACGCGCUGGUGCGACGGUGGUACAAAUCUUCGAGAGUGUCGUUGCGCGCCACCCGAACAAGGUAGCGUUCCUGAUGGACGAUGGUCAGCUCACGUUCGCACAGGUGAAGCAGCUAGCCGACCGUAUUGCGGCCCACUUUUACGCCAAGGGUUUCCGGAAGGGGGACACGAUUGCUCUGCUGAUGGAGACCCGGCUCGAGUAUCCUUGCAUCUGGCUCGGUCUGUCGAAGGUUGGCAUCGUGACGGCGCUGAUCAAUUCGAACCUGCGGAAGGAAACGCUGCGUCACUCGAUAACGGUGGCUAAUUCGAAGGCAAUCAUCGUGAGCUCGGAGCUGGCCGGAGCGAUCGCCGAAAUAAACGAGCAGGAAGGCAUAAAAGGCUUACCGGUACAUCUAUUCCGCACCGACGGUGCCGACACCAGCAGUAGUGACCCAUUGCCAGAUGCCGAAGAUUUAAGGCUCAGCGUGGAUAGUGGCAGCAGUAGCUCAAACGUAGAUUUAAGCGGUAUCCCGAAUGAUAUAUCACCGAAAGAUAAAUUGGUUUACAUCUAUACGUCCGGCACGACCGGUAUGCCGAAGGCGGCCGUCAUCACCAACCUGAGGUACACAUUCAUGGCCCUCGGAUGCUAUUACAUGCUGAGCUUCCGCGAUGACGAUAUCAUUUAUAAUUCAUUGCCACUGUACCAUUCGGCCGGCGGUAUGAUCGGUGUCGGUAGCGUGCUGCUGUGCGGUGUGACAGCGGCUUUACGCAAGAAGUUCUCCGCCUCGAACUUCUGGACGGACUGUAUCCGGUACAAGUGCACGGUGGCCCAAUAUAUCGGUGAAAUAUGUCGCUUCGUACUGAUGACACCACAGAAACCAACGGACACACAGCACAGCGUGCGACUCAUGUUUGGCAAUGGUUUGCGGCCCCAGAUUUGGCCCCAGUUUGUGUCGCGCUUCAACAUUAAGCAAAUCGGAGAAUUUUACGGUUCAACGGAAGGUAACUCGAACUUAUUAAACAUUGAUAACACGAUGGGAGCCGUUGGUUUCGUUCCCAACUUUGCCAAAGCUAUAUACCCCGUAACGUUGAUAAGGUGUGAUGAAGAGACGGGUGAAAUUAUCCGUGGCCCGAAUGGUUUCUGUAUAAAGUGUAAACCGGGCGAGCCGGGCGUGUUUGUUGGUAAAAUCAACCCCAAGAAAGCGUUGAAUUCGUUCGUUGGGUACGCAGAUAAAGCUGCGUCGGAGAAGAAGGUCCUGCACGACGUGUUUCGCAAGGGAGACAUUUUCUUCAACUCGGGUGAUAUUUUGGUUCAAGAUCUGCUCGGAAAUUAUUAUUUCAAGGACCGAACGGGCGAUACGUUCAGAUGGCGUGGUGAGAAUGUUGCCACAUCAGAGGUAGAAGGUGUUAUCACCACGAUUGUGGGCUUAAAAGAUUGUGCCGUUUACGGUGUAGAUAUCCCCGAAACUGAAGGUAAAGCCGGUAUGGCCGCGAUCGUUGACCCGGAGGGUAAGGUAGAUAUGGAGCAAUUGGCUGCUGGAAUUCGGGCCAGUCUGCCUGCCUACGCAAGGCCGCUAUUUAUACGUGUGCUCUCCGAAGUGCCGAUGACGACAACGUUCAAGCUAAAGAAGCGAGACCUCCAGGUGGACGGUUACGAUCUGAACAAGAUUAAGGAUCCAAUUUACUUCCUGCAAAGCAAUGGCACCUAUCGAUUGUUUACGGCGGAAGAUCACGAAACUAUAAGCAGUGGUAAAGCGAGACUAUGA